AUGAACCAGACCCUCAACACAAGGGAGGACCCUCUUAACCUGGCCGGCGGCUGGGCAUCCUCGGCUCCCUUACGCACAUGGUCGUCCUACCAGCGAAGGCGCAGGGGCGCCCCGAUUUACAAGCGACGGCACCGCUAUGGCCCCAAGGCAGAGUAUGAGCCCCCAGGGAAACAGCCAAGGCAACAAUAUGGCCCCGGCUCUCGGUUCCAACCACCGCCCCGACGGCCCAACUGGGCCGUGUGUUCUAACUGGGGAAGCUGGCGAGGGCCCUGGCACCCACCUCCAGGGGGAUUCUGGAAGCCCCCCGGCCCAAUGCAAGUGAUUCGGGUGUAUGGCCUGCACCCGUUCUGCCUUUGCUGCUGCUCCUGCUGGCGCGGGCCCUGGAACCCCGGAUGGGCGAGACCUCCAGGCAGGAAGAAGCGCUGGGGCCACAGAGGCCGCCGCCACCCUCGCCGCUCCUCCCCGAGAAGCCCACCUGUGGAUCUGAGAACGCUGCUGCGGCCGGUCAACUUGUACCGGUGGCGGGCGCCCGGCAUGCGAGCGCCACAAAACACCACUCAGUUCAUCAUGAACCAGAUCUACGAGGACAUGCGGCAGCAAGAGGAGCUGGAGCGCCAGCAGGAGGCGCUGCGAGCGGAGCAGGCCCAGGCCGGCGGCCAGGCCUCCCCGGGGGGCUCCUCCGGAAACGACGCGCCCCCCAGCGGCAGCGAGGACGACCCGGAGCUGCCCGAAACUCUGUAUGGCUUUGGGCAGAAUCCCGCUCUAGCACUCAGUCCUGCCCCAGAGGAGGAAAAUCAGUAUCCCGCCCCGCAGCUGGUGGAGGAAGAGGAAGAGGAAGAGGAGAAAAAUGAGGAGGAGGAGUGUGCUGAAGACCUGUGUGAUGGAAAAGAGGAGGAGAGUGAGGAGGAAGAGGAGGAAGAGGCAGAAGAAGAGGAGGAGGAGGAGGGGAUGGAAGAGCCUGACUACUUGGAGGAGGGGGAGGAGGAGGAAGAGGACGAAGAAGAGGAGCUAGAAGAAGAAGAGCAGGGGCUGGAGGAGGAUGAGCAGAGAGCAGAAGAAAAUCACUUGCCAUUGGAAAUGCCUUUAUCGAUCCUAGUAGGGGCUGAAGCAGAGAGAGAGAACUAUAUAAAUUGUACUUACUUAAGCUCUGAACAGAUAUUUCCCGAAGUGCCACAGGAAACUCUACUAAUGGUGCAGGACAUUAACGGUUAAACAUCAGGAAAGGGAUUGAGGAAUGGGAUGGAACUGAUUUGAGGCUAAAAUGGAUUAGCAACUUAUUAAAAACUGAUUAAAAAGUGAGUUCCAUUAAAUAAACAUAUCGAUGUAAACCCCUUCUUUGGCCAUUAUAAAAUAUUUAA